GCAAACUACAACAACUCAGCUGAGGAAGGAGGGGCGCGUGGUGUUCUGCAGAGAACACGAAAGCUGCUAGCUGAGAAAUUUCACUGCUUGACAUCAUCGACUGAGGAAGUGAAGAAUCCAGGAUGCCUAACAGAAGAUCUGCUUCCAGUGUGCGGUCAGAUAGCAGUGAUGUGGACUUAGAAGGAAUGGCGGACAGUGAACUGGCCAAACUGCAACGCAUGUUUCGUCUGAAAGAAGGACAGCGCCAAGCCACCACCGUUGGGAAGCAGGAGCAGAUCAGGAGGCAGCUGGCAGAGAUGCAGACUCUUGAAAGAGAGCGCGAAGAGCUUCUCAAGAACCUUAAGAUUUCAGAGAGCCGAGCCAACCAGUCCCGGGACCAGGGCAGCCAGGAGAAACUGCACUCUUUGCUAGAACAGCAGGAUGAGUUGGAAGAGCAACUAGCAACAGAGAAGCAAACCAUCACAGAUCUUGAGCAAGAGAUAAGAUCCUGGGAGAAGAAACUGGCUGAACAGCAGAAACAAGGAAGGGUUUCUUCAGGAUCCAUGCAGCAGAAAGUCCAGGCACAGAAGCAUGUGAAAGUCAUGGAGAACCGAUUGGACCGGGCUCUCACCAAAUUUAAUUCUCAACUGGCGAAAAAUGCCAAGAUGAGAGAAGAAAUCGAUAUCCUGAGAAUUGAGCGCUCUCGCUUUGAGCAGCUCUAUAGGAAGUUAGAGAAGGAAUUGCUUCAAACCAGAAAGGAGAUCGGUGUUGUGAUCGACGAAUCAUCUGCUGCCUAUGAUGCCAGGGACGAAGCCCAAACAAAAAUGCUGCAGCUAAAGGAGAAAGCAGAGAAGGACCUUAAUCAGCACACGGCGGAGAUCAAGGAGCUCCAAAGGGUUAUUGACCAUGACCGCAGGCUAAAGGAGUUUAUGGGAAUUAAAACUCAAGAACGCUCCAUCAGUGAAGAGGUGCUUGACGCGAGGCGUAGGAGAGAGAGGCAAGAACUGGAAAAGAAGAAGAAAGACCCAACUGAAGAAACGAUAGAGACAUAUGAACAAGCUUUCCAGCAAAUCCAGUCUGUCACUGGGGAGGAUAACCUCGAUAUUUUAGUGAACAGGUUCAUUGAAGUGGAAGAUCGAAACUUUGCCUUAUUUAACUACGUUAACGAACAGAACAAUGAAAUAGAGAGAUUAACAGAAAAUAUCGCAGAGAUAAAAAAAGAGAUGGAUGCCUUCAAAGCCCAAGGAGUACGUCUCGACCAGGAGCACCGGUCAAUUCUGAAGAGUAUUGAAAGCAAACAAGAAGACACUGGGAAACAAGCAGAUAACUAUCAAGAAAAACUGAAAGGUGUCAUGAAAGUCUUAGACCAGCUGAAAACAGGUAUUGAUUCUGUUUUCAAAAAGAUAAAUUGCGACCGCUCAGUCCUGGAUGAAAUGUUGGGUUCCUCAUCCAGCAUCCGUGAGACUAACAUAAUGCAGUACCUCGGCCUUAUUGAGCAGAAAACUAACGAGAUGUUGGCCAUUCAGUCCUUCCUUGACUCCAAGAACUUCGAGAAGCCGUACAACCCACAAGAUACAGCCCGAGUCCUCCUGGGACAGCUAGAAGAUUUACACGCGCCUGUAUUUCAAAUACAACCACCUGGCACCGGAGAUGAUUAUGACAGUGACACGGAAUCUCCAGCAGCCGAGGAGGAGGAGAGACCCUUAACGCACGCAGAACUUCGGGAAAGAAUCAUGAGAGGGGUACUAAAAAAGGAAGAAAAAGCAACCAAGAAAAGCCAUGCCAGUGAACUCUCCCUCAAUAAGAUGUCCUCCAUUACCAAGAAAUAAUUGCGGGAAGAUAACGCCCAGGAAAUAGCUGAAAGCUAGACAGAAGUGCAAGAUUCCAGACUUCCAUGUAAAAUGUUUAAUGAAAUAUCCCUUUAUCACUGCGACAAUUAUAAGAAAAUCAUAACAGAAUAGUUUUCAGCUACUUGAUCCAUUAAAUGUUGCUUCAUGUU